AUGGAGCAACCGGAGUAUCGGGUUCACAAGCACCACCGUCGGAUAUCCUCGACCGGUGGCAGCAGAGCAUGGACGGAAGAGGAGGAAGCUUACCUGUUGCGGACUAGAAUAAAUAAAAUGCCUUACAAGCAUAUCGCCGCACAUUUGAAGAAGACCGAACUAGCCUGUCGUCUGCACUAUCACCAGAUGUCGUAUGGUAAUAACAGUCGUCGGCGUAGUGCUUCCAUCUCAUCUACGAGAUCCUUAAAUUUGAUUGCCGCUACUGGAGAGGUGUCGGAGAACGCUUACCGCACUCAACUAUCCCCAGUGGUGUCUCCUUCCUCCAGUCCUGAACUUGGUUCACGAUUGAGAGCUGCUUCUGACAAUAUUUCUAUGCAAGCACAUCGUGCACACGUCCCUAUUUUACCAAAACCAGAUCAUGCUGGGUCACACGACCCUGACAGUCCCCGAGCAAGCUCUACAGAUUGCUACAAGCGAGAAGAACAGAGCGAUAUCAAUUUUCCUCGUCUCCACUCUAUUUAUGAGACCCACUGUCAAUCAUUUUGGUCAAAAAUUGCUGCUGAAUACUCUCGUGAUGCACGGGAAGUUUCUGCCAAGGUAGUUGAGGAAGCAAUUACACGCAACCUCUCUCAAACUCGCCCACAACUACCUCCGACACCCAAAUUGAGUCCAGUAGCAUCACCAGAACCGCAACAACCCGACUGUGGCUUUUCUGUGCUAUCAGUGUGUGCUGCUGAGAGCACCCGUCGCAGUUUGGCGGAACGAUGUUCCGUUUCUGCUCUAUUGACUGUUGAAAAGGAAUUGACUACUGCGUAA